CAGAGCUUUGGUUUUACGUGAGCUCGUGUUAUUUCAGGGCAGCUCUGAUAGACAUGCGCACAGCUGAUGGAAGAGAGGCACAUCUGCACUGACGUCACCCCCCCUGAAAAAAGCUGCCAAUUUGAAGCUGCUGUCCGGGACUGGGACAUACCCGGUCUCUGCAAUGUAGUGAGGAGGAGCAGCUCCAGGCCAACUUCUGCUGGUGUUUGCAUGCACUUCUUCUUCUCCUUUUUUCUUUCUUUCUUUUCUUUUUUUUUUUUUUGUUUUAACUUAAAGGCAGUGCGCUGCGCUGUGGCGGUCUCUCUGAGGACGCAGCUAGGACACCUUCUUGCAACCUCAACUCACUUUUUAAGCCACUCUGAGCCACCAAGAAGAAGUCUAGAUUAUAAAGACAUAAAGACGACAACAGAUCACAGAUAGAGCCAGGAAGACUUAGAGAGAAAAGCUCAAUAACUGCUCUUUUCUCUGUGAGUGUGUGUGUGAGUGUGUGUGACAGUCUGAGAUACGGUCUGAAGGGGAGAGACUGCAGUUUUAAAAGGAUGGCAGAGCCCAAAAGGAGAUGAAAAGAGGAGAGCAGCAGCAGAGGUUUGUGUGCGGAACUUCAGAGCUGCAGAAGCCUUUUGUCCUGAGCUCUGCCUGCACACUUGGACCGGAGCUGACCAUGAAGAUGAGCAUGGAAUGCAGAUGGAUCGGUCAAGGCAAGUUUCCAAUAUAGAGCUUCCUGUUUGGAGUUACACCUGAGAGUGACUGUGUCUGAUGGAUUAUGGUGUUUUCUACGAGCUGCUGACAUGAAUCCAGAGGCCAGUGAGAUGUGGAAGCGCUCGCCUUCAGGAGGAAUCUGAGACCUGGAUGAGCCUUCGAGCACGACGAGAACAUUUGAGUGAAGGAGACAAACUAUGGACUUGUUAUGGUGUGGUAUGGUGUUUUAACCCGUUAGUAGCUCCCUCUGCCCUCCACCCCAUGUCACACCUUUCCCUGAAUUAUGGAAAUUUUGUGGAAGACGCUGACUUGGACACUGAGCCUGGUGGUGAUGGCUGCUUCUGAAUUUCAAAGCAUCAACAGACUUUCACACAACUCUCAAGAGGAGUUCCUGUCCUACCUGCAGCACUACCAGUUGACUGUCCCAGUGCGUGUGGAUGAGAGCGGGGAGUUCCUCAGCUACACUGUGAAGCACCACCGGCCCGGCCGGCGGAGACGCGGGGCGGUGGACGCCAUGAUGGGACAGCUGCCCGCCUUGGACCCGGACCCCCCAGAACCCCGGCUGUUCUACAGAUUGUCCGCCUACGGAAAGCACUUUCACUUAAACCUGACGCUGAACCCCCACCUGGUGUCCAAACAUUUCACAGUGGAGUAUUGGGGCAGAGACGGGCUGGAGUGGCGUCAUAACAUGGUAGAUAACUGUCACUAUGUUGGAUUCUUGCAAAAUCAGCACAGCACGACCAGAGUGGCACUCAGCAACUGCAAGGGCCUGCAUGGUGUAAUAACCACAGAAGAAGAACAGUAUUUGAUAGAGCCAUUAAAGAACAUAUCCUCCACCACCUCCAGUGAAUGGAACCUGGAAGAAGCACAGCAACAUGUUAUUUAUAAAAUGUCUGCCAUUCCCUCACCACAAGAGCAUAGCCAGGAGUUCAGCUGUGGCAUUUCAGACCUCACUAAAAGCAGUGCACCUUGCCAGUCCAGCACGCCGCCUCCGGUCCACUCGCCGCCGUCGCCCCGAAACGACAGCGAGCCGUCGAACAGCACCCACCGCCAGAGACGCUCCGUCAGCACCGAGCGCUUUGUGGAGACGCUCGUGGUCGCUGAUAAAAUGAUGGUCGGUUACCAUGGACGCAAAGACAUCGAGCACUACAUCUUGUCUGUGAUGAAUAUUGUUGCCAAACUUUACCGUGAUGCCAGUCUAGGAAAUGUUGUGAACAUUAUUGUGACCCGACUGAUUGUUCUUACUGAAGAUCAGCCGAACCUGGAGAUUAACCACCACGCCGACAAGUCUCUGGACAGUUUCUGUAAGUGGCAGAAGUCCAUCCUGUCCCAUCACAGCGAUGGAAACAGCAUCCCAGAGAACGGGAUGGCUCACCACGAUAACGCCGUCCUCAUCACCCGGUACGACAUCUGCACCUACAAGAAUAAACCCUGCGGCACCUUAGGCUUGGCCUCGGUGGCUGGGAUGUGCGAGCCGGAGAGGAGCUGCAGCAUCAAUGAAGACAUCGGCCUCGGUUCUGCUUUCACCAUCGCACAUGAAAUCGGCCACAAUUUUGGGAUGAACCACGAUGGGAUCGGGAAUUCCUGCGGCACCAAAGGCCACGAGACCGCCAAGCUGAUGGCCGCUCAUAUAACCGCCAACACCAACCCGUUCUCCUGGUCCGCCUGCAGCAAAGACUACAUCACCAGCUUCCUCGACUCAGGUCGGGGGACGUGUCUGGACAAUGAACCUCUGAAACGAGACUUCCUGUACCCAACAGUGGCCCCGGGGCAGGUGUACGAUGCAGACGAGCAGUGUCGCUUCCAGUAUGGAACCUCCUCACGCCAGUGCAAGUAUGGGGAAGUGUGUAGAGAGCUCUGGUGCCUUAGCAAAAGCAACCGCUGUGUAACCAACAGUAUCCCUGCUGCAGAGGGGACCUUGUGCCAGACUGGCAGCAUUGAGAAAGGGUGGUGCUACCAAGGGGAGUGCGUGGCGUUCGGGACCUGGCCCCAGAGCGAGGACGGAGGCUGGGGGCCCUGGUCCCUGUGGGGGGAGUGCAGCAGGACCUGUGGGGGCGGUGUUUCCUCCUCCAUGAGGCACUGUGACAGCCCAGCGCCGUCUGGAGGAGGGAAGUACUGCCUGGGAGAGAGGAAGCGCUACAGAUCCUGUAACACAGACGCGUGCCCUGCAGGAUCUCGAGAUUUCCGAGAGAAGCAGUGCGCCGACUUUGACAACAUGCCUUUCCGUGGGAAGUACUACAACUGGAAGCCUUACACUGGUGGUGGUGUUAAGCCUUGUGCACUCAACUGCUUGGCAGAAGGCUACAACUUCUACACGGAGCGUUCUCCUGCAGUCAUAGAUGGCACCCGGUGUCAGGCCGACUCUCUGGACAUCUGUAUCAAUGGAGAGUGUAAGCACGUGGGCUGCGACAACAUCCUGAGCUCAGACGCUAAAGAAGACCGCUGCAGAGUGUGUGGAGGAGACGGCAGCACCUGCGAGGCCACAGAGGGACUCUUCAACGAGUCUCUCCCCCGAGGAGGCUACAUGGAGGUGGUUCAGAUCCCCAAAGGAUCCGUUCACAUCGAGAUCAAAGAGGUCGCCAUGUCCAAGAAUUACAUUGCCCUGAAAUCUGAAGUGGAUGAUUAUUACAUCAACGGAGCGUGGACCAUCGACUGGCCCAGGAAGUUCGACAUUGCGGGGACGGCCUUCCACUACAAGAGACCCACUGAUGAGCCGGAGUCUUUAGAGGCGCUGGGAGCCACCACUGAAAACCUCAUUGUCAUGGUCCUCCUUCAGGAACAGAACCUGGGAAUACGCUACAAGUUCAACGUGCCGAUCCAGCGAACAGGAAGUGGGGACAACGAGGUGGGCUUCUCCUGGCACCACCUGCCCUGGUCCGAGUGCUCCGCCACCUGCGCCGGAGGAUCCCAGAAGCAGGAAGUGGUGUGUAAAAGGUUGGAUGACAACUCAGUGGUUCAGAACAGCUACUGUGAUCCAGACAGCAAACCUCCAGAGAACCAGAGAGACUGCAACACUGAGCCGUGUCCUCCAGAGUGGUUUAUUGGCGACUGGUCGGAGUGUGGGAAGACGUGUGACGGCGGGAUGAGGACGAGGACGGUCCUGUGCAUCAGGAAGAUCGGCCCUGCUGAGGAGGAGACGCUGGAGGACACACACUGUCUCACCCACCGACCCAUCGAACAAGAGUCCUGCAACAACCAGUCCUGCCCGCCCAAGUGGGUCACUCUGGACUGGUCCGAGUGCACGCCUAAAUGUGGCCCCGGCUUCAAGCACCGAAUCGCCCUGUGUAAGAGCAGCGACCUCACCAAGACCUUCCCGCCCGCCCACUGCCCGAGCCACAACAAACCUCCGGUCCGAAUCCGCUGCAGCUUAGGACGCUGUCCGCCUCCUCGCUGGAUCCCUGGAGAAUGGGGACAGUGUUCGGCCCAGUGCGGCCUCGGCCAGCAGAUGAGGACGGUGCAGUGUCUGUCGUACACCGGCCAGCCGUCCAACGACUGCGCCGAGUCCCUCCGACCCACCACCAUGCAGCAGUGUGAGAGCAAGUGCGACGCCACCCCCAUCGCCAACGGUGACGAGUGCAAAGACGUGAACAAAGUGGCGUACUGCCCGCUGGUGCUGAAGUUCAAGUUCUGCAGCCGUGCGUACUUCAGACAGAUGUGCUGCAAGACCUGCCAGGGCCACUGACCCUCGGAGCUGGAGAGAGAGAGAACGGCCAGAGAGAUGCAC